AUGCAAAUGUCGAAAUGUUUAUGUCUUAUGAUUAUUGCAGUGAUCGUCAUUGCAACUAAUGCAUCACAAUUUAGAGAAAGACGCAAUGGUGGUUCUGGAUCGAACUGGGGCAAUAAUGUAGAUAACUGGGGUAAUAGUCAAGACAACGAGCAACCAGCAGUCUAUUACUUAAGUCCAACAACUUAUACUGAAAAUAAUCAACAAUAUCAAAGCACAACAACAAAGAAUACAUGUCAAAGUGGUCAAACUAUCUGUUGUAAUAAUGAUGCUAAUUCAGAUUCAACUACUAACAGUCGCCGAAAAAGACAUUCCAAUUUGAACAAUGGUAACGCUUUCAAAGUCACCCAUUCCAAAACUAAUCAACAACAUACAUGUUAUAAUCAAGCAACAAAUGGUGCUUCUGGUAAUCAAUAUAAUGGAUGUGAAUCAAAUCAAAGUUGUUGUCAAGGAAAUAACAGUACUGGUAGUGCUGUUACUAUUUCAUGUUCAUCAGUUUCUCUUCCCAGUAACUAA